GGUGCCAAGGAUAACAUGCACAAGGCUGAGCAAGAUAGGAGGUUAAUCCAAUUCCUUAUGGGACUAAAUGAGGUUUAUACCAUGAUUAGGGGAAGUAUAUUGAUGAUGAAUCCCUUGCCAUCUAUGGCACAGGCCUUUGCUAUAUUAAUUCAAGAUGUGAAGCAAAGAGAGUUCAAACCAAGUAAUCAGCUGUUUAUAAAAUCUAGCUCCUUGAAUGUUAGUGUGGGUCCUUCAGGUGCAAGUUCCUCAGGAGCAAGCUCAAGCUCAGGUGGAAGGAAUUUUAGAACCAACUAUAGCGCUGCUAGUUCCUCAUCAAACAACAGACCUAGGCUGUUUUGUGAACAUUGUAGGAAACCAGGUCACACCAAAGACAUGUGCUAUAAGUUGCAUGGAUAUCCACAGAAUCCAAGCUAUAAUGCUCAACACAGGCACAACAAUACUCAAGGGACAAGUCCGUUCAACAAUUUUCAGCAAAGACAUCAGAACAUACUCGGUCAGAGGUUCAUAAAGGGGAAGGGGAUAACAACUAAUGCAGUUGGUGACUUUGGUGCAAAUGAAGGUGCAGAGUCUGAAAAACAGGUGCAGAUGAACCAAGCACCAAACAUAACCAAGGAACAGUAUGACCAACUCAUCAAUAUGAUGCAGCAGUUUCACAUCACUAAUACUGACAGUACAAGUGAAGUGCAAAUGAACAGUGGAGCUGUUGACUUUGCAGGGCCUUUAAAUGAAGAGCCCUCUGGAAAUUGGUAAAAUCUUUGAUGGUCUAUACUUCAUUUGUUCAAACUGCAUACAAAGGAACACUCCUAAAGAUCAUAAUAAGACUCAAGUUUCUUUUCCUGUUUCUAGUCAUUUCUGUUGUAAUAGCAAAGUGCAAUGUCAAAGUCAUCUAAAUCUUGUUCCUAGUCUUCCAUUUCAUGUUACCAAGGUGCAUUGUCCAAGUCAUUUCCACUCCUAUCAACCCUACUCAUUUGUAAUAAACUCCAUUCACAAUAAUAAAGACAAUGUUGUUGAUAGUU